UCGCAAUUUUCCCCUCACUAUUCGCACGAGGUGCUCGAACAAAAAAUACAAGUCAACCAAAAUUUUAAUAAAUUAACUUAAAUAUCAGACCCAAAAUGACGGAAGCUGAGGAAAUCAACGGUACUGAGGUGGAAGACGACGAGCAGGACUCCAAACAAAAGAAGUCCGAUGCCAAGCGACACGACGAUGGAGCCGCAGAUUUGGAGCGGGUUACUGAUUAUGCCGAGGAAAAGGAAAUCUCUGCGGCCAACAUAUCCAGCGCUGUGGAACAGUUUGGCAAUCAGCGAAACAAGGAGAACGAACUGCGAGUAGCCAAGGAAAAGGAACUCCAGAAGGUGCAAGUAAAGAAGGAGGAUAUUGAACUGAUUAUGAACGAGCUGCUGGUUAGCAAGUCUCACGCCGAGAAGGUGCUCCGUGAACAAAGCGGUGACGUGGUGGCCGCCCUGGAGGCCAUCAUUAGCAACUGAGGUGCUCCGCAUAACUCUGACUUUAUUUGUACAUUUAUAAACGCUAGCGAAGAAAACAAGAAAAGAAAACACCAUAAGCCCAAAAA